CACCACACCACUCACCACUAUUAACCACUGCUUUGGUUCUUGACCCAAGCCAACCACCAGUCCCCACGUCGCCGCCCGCGCGAGACCCACAGCCUGCACAGCUACACUCACUCCGGCGCCGCCGCCGCCGUCGCCACCAGCCCGCGAUGUCGGGCGCCUCCGGGCCCCUGGCCGUUCUGCUCCUCGUCCUCGUCGCGGCCGUCUCCGCGUCGUCGACGGGGAAGGGGGAGUCUUGGCGGGCGGAGCAGGAGCGGGACCGGGUGCCGCGGGUGCCGGGGCAGGCGUUCAACGCCAGCUUCGCGCACUACGCGGGCUACGUCACCGUCAGCGAGGAGCGCGGCGCCGCGCUCUUCUACUGGUUCUUCGAGGCCGCGCACGACCCGGCCUCCAAGCCGCUCGUGCUCUGGCUCAACGGAGGGCCUGGUUGCUCAUCAAUCGCUUUUGGUCUCGGGGAAGAAGUGGGUCCUUUCCAUGUCAAUGCCGACGGAAAGGGUGUGCAUAUGAAUCCUUACUCUUGGAACCAAGUUGCAAAUAUCUUGUUCAUUGAUUCACCGGUUGGCGUUGGUUAUUCAUAUUCAAACACCUCUGCUGAUAUUUUAAGCAAUGGGGAUGAGAGGACUGCCAAGGAUUCGUUGGUGUUCCUAACAAAGUGGCUUGAACGAUUUCCUCAAUACAAGGAGCGUGAAUUUUAUUUAACUGGAGAGAGUUAUGCUGGACACUACGUUCCUCAGUUGGCUCAAGCCAUAAAGAGGCACCACGAGGCCACUGGAGACAAAACAAUCAAUCUCAAGGGUUAUAUGGUGGGAAAUGCCCUGACUGAUGAUUUCCAUGACCACUAUGGAAUAUUUCAAUAUAUGUGGACCACUGGCUUGAUUUCUGAUCAAACAUACAAGCUACUGAACAUUUUCUGUGAUUUCGAGUCCUUUGUGCAUUCAUCUCCACAGUGCGAUAAGAUUCUUGACAUUGCUAGCACUGAAGCUGGGAACAUUGAUUCAUAUAGCAUCUUCACACCUACUUGUCAUUCAUCUUUUGCCUCCUCAAGGAACAAAGUGGUGAAAAGGCUUCGGUCUGUUGGAAAAAUGGGAGAGCAAUAUGAUCCAUGCACUGAACAACAUUCAAUCGUAUAUUUCAAUCUGCAUGAGGUGCAGAAGGUACUUCAUGUUAAUCCGGUCAUUGGCAAAUCUAAGUGGGAGACCUGCAGUGAAGUUAUUAACACCAACUGGAAGGACUGUGAAAGAUCUGUACUGCAUAUCUAUCAUGAACUUAUUCAAUAUGGGCUUCGUAUAUGGAUGUUCAGUGGAGACACAGAUGCAGUAAUUCCAGUAACAUCAACUAGAUACAGCAUUGAUGCCCUCAAGCUUCCAACAGUGAUCCCGUGGCAUGCUUGGUAUGAUGAUGAUGGCGAGGUUGGUGGCUGGACCCAAGGGUACAAGGGUCUCAACUUUGUGACAGUAAGGGGUGCAGGUCACGAGGUUCCUCUUCAUCGUCCCAAGCAGGCUCUUACGCUCAUCAAAUCAUUCUUGGCCGGGAGCCCAAUGCCUGUGCUGUCUGAUCUACGCAGCGAUAUGUAAUAUGAUACAUUUGGUUUGAGACACGACCAGCACCACACGAUUCCAGCUCACCAAGGCAGUUCAGUAGUUUAAGUUCCAUGCAGAACUUUCACAAUAUAAGGAUGGCCAUAGCUGUUGUCAUUUGUAAGUGCUAUUGGCGCCAACCAAUCCCCUAAGACAGGGAACAGAACUGUGGAACAGUUUUCCUGCCAUUAAUUGACACUACAGCACUGCCUGUUAAAUUAAUCUGAAAUUAAGGAUAAAGAUGAAUCGAAUUUCAUCGUCCGUCUUA